AUGUCUAUUGCAAUCGCGGGAGGCACUGGUGGUCUUGGCCGAGCGCUUGUGGAGGGCAUCUUAGCCAAGGGCAAACGCAAAGUUGUGGUCCUGACGAGGAAGGUCUCAGGAAGCCCAGAUGCCAACUCCAACGUCCGUUUCGUGGCCGUCGACUAUUCCAACGUCGAUUCUCUCGUGCUCGUUCUGGAAGAGCACAAUGUGGACACCGUCAUCUCUACUGUAAACAACAUAACAGGAGAGAACCAGUCGGAGCUCAACCUGAUUGAAGCGGCCGAGAGGUCCAAGACGACCAACCGAUUCGUACCAAGCUACUUCGGUAUCCCGUAUUUGCCAGAGCAAUACGAAGCCUUCCCGCCGGCGAUUGCCAAGAAAACGGCCCUAGAGGCACUCAAGAAGACCUCUCUGGAGUGGACGACUGUCUACAAUGGAUUCUUCCUCGACUACUUUGGCACCCCGCGAGUCAAGUCCUACAUGGACGACGUUGCUUUCUUCGUUGACCUGGCCAACAACGUUGCGUCAAUCCCCGGGUCUGGCAAUGUGCCAAUUGUCUUCACCCACACUUCUGAUGUUGCCCGCUUCAUUGCAGAGUUUCUUGAACAUCCAAACUGGCGUCCCGAAAGUUACAUAAUCGGUGAUAGGGUAACGUUUAACGAGGUUGUCCGCAUGGCCGAGGACGUCAAAGGCACCAAGUUCACCGUCUUCUACAACUCUGUCGAGAGUCUCAAGGCCAACGUGAUGGUGGAACUACCAGCUCAUCAUGAGGUUUACAAGAUGUACCCGAAGGAAAUGCUGCACAGUUUUCUUGUUCCUUUUGGGCUAGAGUGCGAGCGCGGACAAGCCAAUUUCAAACCGGCUCAUACACUCAACGACGACUUUCCGCACAUCAAACCAGUAUCAGCGAGAGAGAUAUUGGAAAGGGGCUGGGGAAAUGUGUAA